AUGGGAGGCAGCGAUGCGGUAGAUCCAAAUUCAACAUUCAUGCGAAGAGGGAGACGUCAUCCGAAUUUGCUCGCUACCAUGACUCUCCCUUUGAAUAUUACGGAGCAGUUAAAAAGCGCACGUCAUAAACUUGGCAAUAUAGUUGAUCUAUCACCACCCAUGGCCUCCACCUCAACUGGGGGGCUCAACCCAGGCCUUGAAAAAAUUCAAAAAAACCUGAGUGUGAUAGCGGAAGCGUUGGAUACAUUUUUAACCACUGUGAAUACACCUGAUUCUCAGCUCAAAGCGAUCUCGCGGAUUACCAGUAGAGUGCGUGAGAGUCUUUCCGUGCCGAUUAACGUACCUGCAUCAUCCGUGGCCGCGUGCAAUCUUAAAUCUUGUAUGAAUAUCUUAACCGAGGAGUUUGCCAUACCGCUUUUAUUGGAUAGUCGUGUUCGGUAUCUACAUCGUGCCCUCACGACACUGCUUCGCCAAACCUGCGUUUUCGACGACGCGGCUCUCCAAAAAUUUGAAGAGAUUUUUAUUCGCAUGAUCGUAAAGUCUUGGAAGGAGGAUCCCACGACAAACCUGCCGAGUAUUUUCUCGUCGUCCUGUCAAGUUGAGACGAUUGGUUCAUCCACGGCGAUUUUAGCUUCCAAAAUGAAGGCUUCUAAGCAGGAUGUGAUGUUUUUUUUGAACACUAUCGAUUGUCUUAGUUCAACGCUCAUGCCAAUGGCGCCGCGCGUGUUUGAACAUACCUUUCUCGAGAUUCUCUCGCUCCUGGCGGAUUGCCUUUGUUGGUGCGUGAACAACGCCAUUCAGCAGCGACGUCUUAUUACGCUUCCUCCAGGCGAAAUGGAAGAACCUCAUACGAAUUAUCAUUCUAAUCAUACGAAUAAUAGUAAUAACUCUAAUAAUAUGGAUAAAGGCGCCGUAUUUGAUGAAGAUCUCGAUAGCGUUCGGUUUUGUGUGCGGAUGGUGGCAACCUACACGCAUCGGUAUUUACCCGAUUUACAUACCUUAUUACGGCGUUCGCGCCUUCGAAAGGCGGAUCAGCCGUGUGAAGUCCGGCAAUGUGUACUGGAAGAUUUUUUUACAAGACUUCUACGCCCUGUUUUUCUGAUGCUCACGUCAACGUUAUUUCCCAAAGACGUACUUAAUGCCGGUGGAUUACUCUUAGCUUCCAUGGUAACCGUGGGCGAAUGCGAUCCUUCUCACAUUCACGCCGUCUGCCGCCUCGUUUGCGCGGAGGUGGAAGAAAAUAUAAUUUCGGCCACAGAGCUAUGGGCGCUCCCACAGGACGUAUUUUCACUUGUCUAUACUCUUCAUUCAUCCCUGGCGUUGUUAAGCGAAGCGAAUGAGAGGAUCCGCACAUUCCAACGUCUUUUUGAUAGUUUCACAAACAACGGCCGCUUUGCCUUCCUGAAAGGUCUUUUAGCGCAUCUUUCGAGGCCGGUUUACGACCGUCCAAUCACUAUCGGCGUUCUUUUGCGCCCUCUUGGACCCUUGCAUGCUGACCGACCACAGAAUACACACGAAAAUAGCAAAAGUGAUGCCAAUAAAGAGGAUGAAAAGAGAGAAGUUAUAGCUUAUGAUAUCAUUGUCCCCUUCGCGGAAAGGUUUUCCUCGGCGAUUCAAGAGCCCGAAACGCGAUUUAUGGCAAUCCAAACAAUGGAUAGUGUCGUACGCCACGCAGCAGCGUGCUUUUCUUUUAUAUCAAACUGGCUGCGUACGCAAUCAGACGACAUUCCAAAACAUCGCGAUUCUAAAUUUAAUCAGGAAACACUCACGAUGGAUUCUACCUUUCAUCAACGCAAGAAGGAGCGCCGGGAGAAGGAUUUAUCGACUCCGAUAAAUUCUGAUUCUUUUCUGAAGGGUUCAACACCAUAUGAGGAUAGGGAAAAUAUAUUUUCUCUUUUCUACGCGUGCAGUUUGUUCCCCGUAAAGUUAGAAUGCACCCUGUACAACAUCACGCAGCUUAUUAUGGGGCUUUGGGAUGACGGUACCCAAUCCAUGUCAGGCGUUCUUUACGAAACCUACGAUCAGGUUCUUUUGGCAAAGCAGCAGUUUCGAUCCAUCCGGGUUAUUUUUCACCCCCCAUCUUUAAGUUCCCCUCAAAGAAAAGACGAAAAUGGAGAGAAUGUAGCCGAGAUGUUGACAGAUUCAAUGGAAACGCUGCUUCGUGUUCUUGCUAUUCAAAGCGAGCGUCGUGCGAGGUAUCAUGCUUUGCUUGGUCUUUUUUCUGUGAUACCACUUCAGCAGAUCCUGCAAGGUCUCGAUUUAUUUUUUAUCAAAAAUACCGACGGCGAUUCUACAUUCGCUGCGAUAGGAAUGCCUCUUUCUUUAGCUCACGAACCUGCCUUGGUUUGCUUUUCGAAGUCGCUUUUAUCGGGAGCGAGCAAUCAUAAAGUCGGCAAUGUAUGUGGGGACGUAUUUGUCAAGCUUGCGCGACUUCUAAAUCCCAAAAGUUCCGAAUCCUGCCACGCAAACGCGCAUUUGGAGCCUUUUUUGCUAAAUAUUUCAGAUCUUUUUCAUAAAGGCCUGAUUUACCCAUUAAGCCGCGCGAUUGCCGAAGUGGGAUACGUGCGGGUCAUUGCCAAUGUGAGCGAGUCCGUUAAUAUUUCGAACAUCGUCUCGCAUUUUGUGGUACCCCUUUUUAAACAGCUUAGCGGGGCUUUUCCAGCUCUUAUCCACGCCCUUCUGGCCUUCCAUAAGACGUCAGGGGCCAAACGUGAACGUGUUUAUCAGGGCGUUGUGGAGGUUUUAUACCGUGCGCGAGAUUUGGGUUUGGAUAUUUCCGUUUUUAUGGCCCCCUUGAGUGAAACUUUUAGGAUUGUUGAGGCGAGUCUGCAGGCGUGGAGUUUUGAUUUGCGAAAUACCGCGUUUCGCCUGUGCGUGUUUGCCCCCAAACGGGUGGCGCCCAUCGAGGCUUGGCAGUGCAAGGUGGUGGAGGCUUUUCUUUCGUUGAAUAUGCAUCUUGGGGGGGAUACUACGGCACGAAAAGGGUUGUUGGAUUCCUAUCGGAAAUGGACUGUGCAGAUCUCGGAGAGCUUUAAACGAGGCACCCAGCGAACAAGCACUUCUUCGCGCGGCAAUCUUUGUAAUAAAACGGCGGAAAGCGACCUCAAAGGCGUGGAUGAGGCUUAUAGGCAGAUGCUUGUCAACCACUGCAUCUCUUGUGUUCGGCUUUUUGCCGAGCACUAUGGCUUGACCAUUGAACACAGUCAAGGUCUUUCCAUUGAACGUCGUACGGCGGCGGCUUCUUGCUAUGUGAUUUUAUUAACGGAGCUGAUGAGUUUAAUAAAGGGGCAUGAUUCACCAUCCUCCUGGCAGCCGAGUCUGCGGGAGUGCUUUCCAAGCAGCAUUGUUAAACCUCUUUUAGCUGAUCUCUCGGAUGGAUGGGCCUUGGCGCGGAAAUGCGCCAAGAAGGUUCUACUUUUAUACUUUCAGCAUGCCUUUCCGAUCGUUCAGGAGGUGGUCAAUCCAGCGAGCAUUCUAAAGUCAUCGAUUUCCGAGCUCCGAGGCUCUUUUACCUAUCGGAACGCGGAGGGUGCGGUCUUGCGCUUUAUGUUAUUUGAUUCUCAAACACCUGAGGCUUAUGAAGCCGCCGCGGCGGAUCCCGAAAAGGAUUUUAAAAAGCGCCUUGACAACUUUUUAAAGGAGGUUUCUACGCUGGAUUCGAUGUGCAAAGACAUACAAACCAUUCGUGAGAAUGGGAUGGAUGUGGAGGUUUGUGCGUUUGUUCGUCAGAACCCACUUCACGGGAGGCUUUCGUUGUGUAUGGCGAUCUUAACGAGUGUGUUUUCUCGCUUUCGGACAUCUUUGGAUGGCAAAGCCACACGGGCCUCGAAUUUGUCGAUUCUGAGGGAGGCUUCGAACGAAUUUCUCAAGUGUAGUUUGGGGGUUCUUCGCACCUGCCGUACACUCGUCGGGAGCGAGCCACUUAUGUGGUCUGCAUUAGGUCGCCCGGAGGCGAAGAAGGAGGGUAUUUCUUUCGCGAAUUCAACAGGCACCACCCCCAGCGUGGUGGUGGAUUGUAGAGGCCACGUGUAUGAUCCCCACCAACGCCCGGAGGCGGAAGGAUUAAUGCGCAUUGUUGCCAAUAAUACGUGGCUUGCCAUUCGAAGCGUGACCUUAGCGGUGCCUCUUAUCACCGUGGAACUACAUAAAUUGGAGGAGCUUAAUUUUGAGGUUGUGAGAACCAUUUGUUUUGAUCUGGUGGAUACGCUUUUAUCGACAAAGCAUAAUGGGGUGAUGCGGUGUGUGCAGGAUGCACUUCGAAUGCUUAUGAAGGCUCUACUGCGCUGCCGACUACCCCUUUUUUACAGCUUGCCGAGCGAAAUGGCUGAUUACCUUAUGGGAGAGGAUGGUGUGAUGUCUAGCGACGCCUCUCGUAUGCUUCGACGUAGUCAAGGAUUGCCCCACGCCAUUCUUUCAAUUUUAGGUGCCGAAGAUGGCUCCUUGCCGUGUUUUAUUUUUCCAAGCGUCCUGUCGAGACUCCUCGCGUUGGUUCGUGAGGGGCUUCAGGCGGAGGGGGAUGCAAUAGAAGUUGCGAAGACUUCGACGGAGGUCCAGCUCAGCCAACGGUCGAACAGCCUUAACGUGUUAAAGUUUAUCUUUGACGAUAAAACUCUAGCUGAGCGUGCAAUUCCAUACCUUGAGGAGGUAUUUUUGCUCGCAAGCGAGGGAUUUAGCGACCCUAAUUGGGGGAUUCAAAACAGCUCCUUAAUGCUCUUUUCGUCGGUGCUCCAGCGCUUUGUAGGGGAGCAUCCGUCCACGGGUGGGGUAGGCGUCAAUACCUCUUUGCACGACAUUACCCGACGAACCCCACGUGCCGUUUCAUUUGCCUUGCGGAUUCUCACCCAACGCUCGACCUCGUCGGUCGUUUCCUUGACCGACGCACCGACUUUAAAUAUUUUUCCAGUCCUGCAGAUGCUUUCAAUGCUCUCACCCGACCCGUCUAACCUGUUGAACGAUUCCCAAACAUCCUUUCCGGCCCCCAAUGGGGCGGAAUCGGCCGGACAGGACGCCACACCCGUCCUGGCGGGAAAAAACCUCACGGAUCGUAUUGUGAAUGCGGUGAUGGGUUGUGGGGCGAAUCGAUGCCUCGCGGCGCGCACCGCCAGCGCGAGGGCGUUGGUGUGUAUUGUUCCCUGCGCCGACAUCCCGGCCAACCUGCGGGUCGUGGCGUUCCGUCAUUUUGACCCCAAAGUCGCCAUCUCCAACAGCCUUCAUGGGGGCCUUCUUCAACUCCAGCGAUUUCACCUCCACUACGUCGGCAGCCUCGCUUAUCCUCCACGGCAGGGCCGGCUUAGCAGCCGGGCCACCCCUGCCUUGGCGAUGGAAGUCACUCGCACCCUCACGGACAUCCUUCGAAGUCAUGAAAAGGUUCUAAAAGAGGGUUCUAUCAUCUGUCCAGCGAUCGCUGCUGCUUGCGUUGAGCUAAUAAGCGAUCUUGUCUAUUUUGGCCCCCAUAAUGGGCUUCCUAGGGAGAUUCUGAUGAGCCUAUUGGCUUGGGCCAUGCCAAUCCUGGAAAGGAACAUAUGUGCACCCAUUCCGGUUUAUGAGCGAGCGAAGGCGUAUCAUGGUGGGGUUCGGAGGGCUGGAGCUCUUUGUUUACUCCUGGCGGUUCGCUUUUUGCAUCUUCACUCCAGUGAACCGGGCGAUUCCGAAUGUGAGGAAACAAUCCGUCGCUCUAUACGAUGUGUUUUGGCGCAUGAAGUCCGUACUCUAGAUCUCGCAAGUGGCUUACACAAUGUCACCUCUCUUUUACUAAGCCAUAUGCAUUUCUACACAACCGAACGAAGACUUUUCCCGAAGGGAGAGUUGAUGGGGAUAAUUACGAAGGUCCUGAAGGUGACGUAUGCUGUUGAUUUACCCUCUGCAUCAUUACAAGCCUUAACAAAUGUUCUCAAACAGCACCGCAGCGGGUAUGCCUUGGGUUGCGUAGCCUGGGAAGAGGUAAUGGCACAUCUCGAGUUCACCGUAUCUCUUCAACGGCGUCGAUAUCCAUUGGAAAUGGAUCGAACACUGGAUACCGAUUAUCAGAUAAUCCAAGAGUGUGUAUUAGCGCUCUUGGACUCCGACUUUCCUGACUCAGAAAUUGAAACGUGGCUUCACCCCCCUGAGUUUUGCGGUACAGCGCUUCGUUUUUUAGUUUGCAGGAGCCUUCAGACUGAAAGGGUGCUACCUGGGAAAAUAACCAAAAUUUUGUCAUCGUUCGCAGGGGCAGAGAGCCCGCUGAUGGCACGCAAAGCCGUUUUAGAGGCCUUGUCCGAUUGCUUUGAAGUGUUUUCCACUAGGAAAACCCAGCAAUAUCAAUCGGAGGAUGAUAUUUUUGUGGCUAUAGUGGAACCCGAGAGCAAGAUAUUGCACGAUAUUGAACCUCUUUUACUCAUUCUUGUUCGUCUUCUUUGCGAUGAUACAGCAGAAGUGCGCUACGCGGCGUGUACAGUGUGUCCGUUGGUUUUGCACGCGUGCAGCGGGUCUGAUUUGACGAAGGUCGAUGCUGCUUCUCAUUUUUUUGUUCAAGACCAAGCUUCCUCACUUCUUUCCAUUGUCCUUGUGCUGCGCCAGUUGUUGCGCGAAAAGAAGGUUUCCAUUCUUGAGAUGGAGACUUAUUUUCUAUCCAAUCUUUCACCAAACUUGUCUUUACCCGAGCUUCCAUGCGAAGCUGAAGCCCUAGUCGAAGGUCUAGAAGUGAUUGAGGCCGAUAAUGACGACAUCGGGGAUGACAUCUUGUUUCAAAAGGAACCUGACAAUAUUUUUAUGGAACGAAUAACCCUGGACUAUAUUAUCGAGCGUCUCCAGGAUGCGCUUCACUUUCCUACAACACCCGUGCAUUCUGAAUGUGCUCAAUAUAACUCCUACAAUGAGCUUUUGUCAUCAGCGGAGUCCGAAAAAAGUUUACAAGUUCGCAUUAUCCCCCCUAACGAUCGAUAA